AUGCCUACUCGCCUCCCGUCCGUCAAGUCAAUGCUCCUCAAUGGCGGCCAGAUAGUGCUGGGUGCCCAGUCCUACUUUGGCGGCCUCGACGUCGGCAACGCACCUUCCUGUGCCAACCCGCAAUUGAGCUGCCACAACCAGACAGCCAUCGAGGAUUUGUGCUGCUUCAACUAUCCAGGUGGUCAGAUGUUGCAGACUCAGUUCUGGGACACCAAUCCACCUACCGGGCCUGAGGAUGCCUGGACCAUCCAUGGCCUAUGGCCCGACCGCUGCGACGGCAGUUAUGAAGCCAAUUGCGACGACAAACGUGCCUACCAUAACAUCAGAGACAUCCUCGAGUCCUUUGGAGCUACCGACCUCCUGUCUAACAUGACAACCUACUGGAAAGACUACAAAGGCCAAGACGAAAAUCUCUGGAUGCACGAGUGGGCCAAGCACGGCACCUGCGUCUCUACACUCAACCCGUCAUGCUACAGCUCCUCAUACCGCCCCAAGGAAGAGGUCGUCGACUACUUCGCCGCUGCCGUAUCACUUUACCAACAACGCCCCACCUACGAAUGGUUGAUGGACGCUGGUAUCGAGCCCAGUACCUCAAAGUCAUACACCAGAGCCGAGAUACAGGAUGCCCUCGAGUCUAGGCAUGGCAAGCCCGUCACUCUUGGUUGCAAGGGCGGCAAAUUCGAUGAAGUCUGGUACCAUUUCGAAGUGAGAGGCAGUGUCCAGACUGGCGAAUUCGUGGCUGCAGAUCCUGAUGGCGGUAAGAGCACCUGCCCAUACAGCGGUAUCCGCUAUCCCCCAAAGGGAAAGAGCGUUCCGGCCCCAACUGCCUCGCAUACACGCACCCGCACUCAUGUCCCUGAGCCUACUGGUCCUCCCUUCAGCGGCACAGGCCAUCUCAAGGUACUGACGCAAGGCAAGAACAAUGGCAUUGUUAUCGGCAUUGGCAAAUGGUAUCAGCAAGGUACCCCUGCUAAAUUCCGUGCUACCCAGCAUGAGGAUGGCUUUACGCUCGCAAGUAGAAAAGGCAAGUGCGCAGUCGUGCAAGGCAUGUUCGGCUGCGGUCCCAAGAUCAACGACCCGACUGUUUUUGCCAGCGAUGGCAGCUCGUUGAGCUUCAAUGGCAGCACCACUUUCUAUGCCAAAGGCGAGCCUACGAAGUGGGACAAGGUCGUCAUACACGUGGACGAUGUCAACGGAAGCCUUGGUACCGAACUGGAGGUCGAGUGGCAGGCUGCAUAG